CAAAGCGGUCCCGAAGCGCGGGUCGAGUAGCUUUACCAGUUUACGACCUCGGGUCUGGCUUUAUAAUCCUUUCAGCUACAGAGUUUGUGCAACACUGCUAGGCCAAAAAGAGCCACCCCGUCUGUUCGUUGCCUUCUAGACGAAAAAUGCUCUCACACCAAGUCCAACCGUCGCUCCAUAGGCCUAGCAAACGGCAACAUAUGACCCGAAGACGAACGCUAUGCAUAAGAGCGCUUGGUAGCGCUGGUAACGCUUCUGGGAACCACGCACAUGCCGUCAUUUCGACACAUCAGCCUUGCCCAGGCUCGCCUGCUCACCCCGCGUCGCUCCGACGGGAGGUUCUGCUGAACAUCGCAGCCCUGGGAGCUUUGCUUGCAGCACCCCGGCCAUCUGAAGCCUUAGCAGCGGAAGCAACAGAAACCGCAGCAGCCGCUGUGGAAGCAGGGUCCGCCAGCAGCGUUGCAGCAACAGCGGUGGCGGAGGUCGCUAGCUUGGCCGACCCGCAGCCCUCCACCAGCGGCCGAGAGCAGGUGGACACCACCAUCACUCAUGCGGUCUCCCUCACCAUCGGCAUCGCCCCCCGCGCCCUCAAGCGCGCCGAGGAGCGAACCAUCGGGGACAAGUCCGUCAUACCGGAGGCGGAGCCGUUGGGCAGGGUGGUCAUAGGCCUGUACGGCAACGCGGUCCCCCGCACCGUGUCCAAUUUCCUAGCGCUGGUGGGCGGGGGGGCGCUGGUUGGCAGCACGUUCAGCCGG